AUGGCGUUAUACUACACUGUAUUGAUUCCUUCUGUCUUCUUCUUUCUUUGCAUUUCCACUGUAAAUUCAGUUUCUUUCAACAUCUCUAGCUUCAAACCUGGUAAUAAGGAUGUUAAUUUGUUUGGUACAUCAAAUUACUCCAGGGGAAACAUUGAGUUGACUAACCCCAUUUCUGACCAAUGUAUUGGAUGGGCUACCUACAAAGAGCAUGUGCCUCUUUGGCACUCUGGAAAUCUCUUUGAUUUCACCACUCAUUUCACCUUUUCAAUUAACGGUCAGGACCUCUACCAUGGUGAAGGUAUUGCAUUCUUUCUUGCUCCAGUCGGCUUUCAUAUUCCACUUAAUUCACCAGCUAAACAUCUUGGUCUUUUUAAUGAAACAACAUAUAAUUCGCCAUCACUGAACCAGAUUAUCGCUGUUGAAUUUGAUACUCAUCAUGAGAAUGAAAAUUGGGAUGUUCAACAUGAUCAUGUUGGGAUUGACCAUAAUUCCCUUAUUUCGGUUGUUAAUACCACUUGGAAUUUUACUUUAGGUGAAACUUAUCAUGCUUGGAUUACUUAUAACUCCACCACUAAGAACCUCAGUGUGUACUGGACUUAUGAAAAUAACACAAUUUUUCGAGGAGAUUCUCUUCUUUCUUACCUGAUCGAUUUGAAGGAGGUUCUACCGCAAAACGUUAUGGUUGGAUUCUCUGCUUCUUCUGGUUUUGUUAAUGGGACACAUACUCUUCUAUCGUGGGAGUUCAAUUCAAGUUUAGCAGCCAAGAAGAAAGAAAUAAACAAAAAAUUGGUGGUUGGAUUGACAGUUCCAGGUGCUCUUAUUUUGAUCUUUGGUAUUGGUGUAGCAUUGAUUAUGUUGAAAAAGCCGAAGGAUAAGAAACCAGCGAUUUUAAUACCAGCUGGGCCAAGAAGCUUCUCUUACAAAAAUCUAGUUUCAGCUACAAACAACUUCUGUCAGGAAAGGAAAUUAGGAGAAGGUGGUUUCGGAGGUGUUUACCAGGGCAGGUUGAAUGAUUCAGAUCAGCCAGUUGCUGUCAAGAAAUUCACAAGGGGAUCUAGUCAAGGUACAAAAGAAUACAUAAAUGAAGUCACGAUCAUAAGCCAGCUGAGUCACCGUAAUUUGCUGCAACUGAUCGGUUGGUGCCAUGAGAAAAAGGAGCUUAUUCUUGUUUACGAGUUGAUGCCAAAUGGGAGCUUAGAUUCAUAUCUAUCUGGCAAAAGAAAUCAUCUGGUUUGGGCUAUAAGAUACAAAGUAGCUCUCGGGUUGGCGAAUGCACUGUUAUACCUCCAUGAAGAGUGGGGGAAGUGUGUCCUACAUCGUGAUAUCAAGUCGAGCAAUGUGCUGCUGGAUUCAAACUUCGACCCCAAACUUGGCGACUUUGGUUUGGCACGGUUCAUGGACCAUGAUCGCUUCUCUCAAUCCACUGGUUUGGCUGGAACUUUCGGAUACUUGGCACCGGAAUACAUCAGCACCGGGAGGCCUAGCAAAGACUCUGACGUAUUUAGCUUUGGAGUAGUGGCUUUAGAAAUUGUUUGUGGGAGAAAAUCAUUCGUUUCUUUUGGCGAAAUAUCCCAAAUGGGAUUGGUAGAGUUAGUUUGGGAUCUCUACGGAAAAGGAAAACUCUCGGCUGCAGUAGACAAGAAACUAGGUAAUGAUUUCGAUAGCGAAGAAGCAGAACGUUUGAUGAUUCUCGGGCUAUGGUGUGCACAUCCUGAUCGCAGUUUCAGACCUUCAAUAAGGCAAGCAAUCCAAGUGCUGAAUAAGGAGUUAAGUUUACCAAUUCUUCCACCAAAGAUGCCUGUUCCCUUGUACCAUGUACCCGAAAUUGUUCUUGCCUCAUACAGUACAAGUCUUGACGACAUUGGCCGGUAACUGUUACCAUAUGCAGAAGAUACAUACACUGCUUGUCCCAGUCUCUAGCUUAAUAAAAUAUGUAUUCUGCACACAAAGAUAUUAGUACUGUUUUUGUAGUUUACUAGAUUUGUGCCCGUGCUAUGCACGGGACUUCGCCCCGCCAUAUGAUGAUACAUUUUUGAUUAGGUGUGCGCGGGGCGAAGCCCCAUGACUGAUGCUAG